AUGAUUCAAGCGCAUGAUGUGGUCAAAUCUAAUCAAUCUAGAUGCUCUCAGUUGGAUAGUCACCUUGAUUGUGUUAUCACAAGGUGUAAUCAGCUCCUUCAAUCAAAUCAGCUACAGAUUCACCAGCUACACACCCGAUACGUUAAAAUAAACUCUAUCGACGUACACUUGAAAAGCAUCACAAGCAGCUACCUGGCCAAGCUUAAAGAAUCUGCUCUGCAGCUAGACGCUAUACAGCUGCCUACACACACUACACAUACCACACAUUCCUCAGACUCUCCCUUCUACCACAACACCCCUUCCACCUUCUCCGAGUAUGUUGAUACAGACGUAUUCAACACAAUAAUCACCUCGCUGCACCAGUACCAGCAAUCGCUCACACAGGCAGGGUACUCGUCGAAAAAUUUGCUGCGAUGUCUCACAAUGCUCCUCAACGCAGGACCACUCCCAAGUCGAUAUGCACUGCUAGAUGAGUUCCGGGGAGUAGAAGCAUGGUUAGAUGCGUUUAGGCAGAACAUACACCCAACUCUCAACGCACAUCUCGCAUCGGUGCAUGUGCAUUGGACGCAGCUGAUCGAUGCGGAUGCCGACCACAACUUGACAGCGGACGAGAUGAGUAUCCUGAAUGGUGACGUAGACGAGCUGGCGAGUAUUGUGAGCGAAAGUGAGAGUGCGCUAGGCGAUGCUGAAGGUGUGCGCUCGAGGUCGGACAGUCUGCGCGCGCGCUACGAAGAGUGCAUGCGCAGUCUGCAGGCCAGAGUGGAGGCGUUGGAGGAUAAAGGGGAGUCGGAUAUAGAGAAAUAUGUCGACACGCUUCAGGGUGAGAUACAUGCGCUGCACCAACAGGCUGAUCACAUCUUGGAGGUGUACGCCGCGUAUGUUCGCUCUAAUCUCUCCCUGAGAAACGAAUUCGAUCGUCAGGCUUCCCUCGUCAAGGAAAUCGAUCGCGUGCGCACAGAGGCAGAAUGCCGGAUCAACCAGCUUCACCAUUUGAACGAAACUAACGAGCAAGCAUUCUGGGAAUCUUGGUCAGCGAGGAGCGAUGAACUGCCACCUAAACUCAUACACACGUUUAGAGGGGUGUAG